AUGAAGGACAUACGUCGUAUUACAUCUCUUCUAUUAACGUGGACUCUAUUCGGGCUUGUAACUGCGGCUUCGGGGCUAUCUUUACCCUCUAUUCUCCGACAGAACCCUUUGAACUCAAAAUACAACCAGCACCCUAUCAUGGCCAACCUCCCAGGCUUCUUACAACCAGGCCAAGGGUCAGAGAAUCCAGACAACCCGCCCGUGAUCUCGGAUGUCCUGCCUAAGACCAAAGGCAUCAAUGUAUUCUCCCAACUGACGCGAGACUUCGACCCGGUCGCUUCCCGUUUGAACGAUGCUACAAAGAACGUAACUGUCCUCGCCCCUCGGAAUAGCGCUAUUCAGGCUCUUCCCCGCAAGCCCUGGGAGAACCCGGAAGAUUAUGCCAAGUUCGGUGAAGCGAAUGCCUACGAGGGCCAGGAUGGACAAGACCGGGCAAAGCAGAACUUGCAGAAAUUCGUCGAGGCUCACGUUAUACCCGUAAGCCCAUGGAAAGAGGGCGAAGAAGUCGAGACCAUGGGAGGCGAAAAGCUUAAAUGGGUCAAGGAUGGCGAUAAGAUGAUUAUUCAACCGGGCAACGUUCAGGUCAACAGCAUCGCAGAGAGAGUCUCCAACGGAGAAGUCUGGGUUUUAGACAAUGUGGUAAACUACCGCUGA